CACACACACACACACACACACACACACACACACACACACACACACACACACACACACACACAGACUUGGAGGGGACAGCUCCAGUAAUAAUCCCCUGCUGUUGGGUGGGGGUUGUUUAAGAGUGCUGAUAUUUGAACCAUAAUGAAGCUUCAAGAGGACUGACCUUUAUGCUGACUGAGUGAGGAGAAAUAUGUGGACCAAUCUGUGUUGUCCUGAUUACCAUGGCUUGAUUAUUACGAUGAAACAUGACUGGGAAUGGGCAGCCUGUAUGCAGCCUGUCUGUCUGUCAUCAUUUGGAAUGUGAGAUCUCUUCCCAGUAAGAUGGACGAACUAACAGCACUGACCCAGCGUCAGAGGGACUACCGUGAGUGCAGCAUCAUGGUGCUCACUGAGAUGUGGCUAAUAGCGCUGACCCCAGACAUGGACGCUUUUCUGGAUGGCUUUAAAAUGUGGCGAGCAGACAGGACGGCUGAGAGCGGUAGACUAUGGAUACUCGGCUGCGAGAAUUUUUGAUGGAUCGCAAACUUGAAGAUGUGAUCCAGCAACUUGAAGAUGAAAAUAUGAAACUGUCAUUCCGUUAAUAACAGACAGUGACCUGGCAAAGUACAUCCCUAAAGUUAGAGAUAGAAUCUCCACUGUGGCCUUCUGCAGACAAGCAGUACUGUCACAAAAAUCACCAUCCAGGAAAUAAUCCAUACUUUCAAGACUACGACAAAGACUGUCUGGAGCUGAGGGGAUGCCUCCAAAAUAGAGAUCAUCUAAGUGGGCAGGAAAUACCAAUGCCAAACAGAACGUGAGAUGAAUUGAGGUUGGCUGGAUGGAUUAUGAUGAGGAAGAGGAAAGGUACAAACAGGUGAAGUCUGUAAGUGGUGGAGGAACAAGGCUUAAGAUAAAGAUAAAACAGUGGAAAAUAUCAAAGUUAUGGCUGAAAAUCUUUUUUUCCCAAAUGGCCAUUCAAAAAAAAUAAAUAAAUAAAAAAAUUCUGCGACUUUAUCUGUGCACCACCAAGAAAACAGGACAUCAGCCCUCGGGCGUGGAGGGUGUUUAUGCAAUAAGUCAGCCCUCAGUGGUAGAUCUCACUGACAAUGAACAGAAUCAGGCCGUUGAGGAUCUGUUGGUGGAAAACAGAAAUUCUGAAUCACCAAACCACUCUGGAAAUAAUAAUGGAGCCUCCAGCGGAUAUUUGGAACUCAACGACACAUUACCAUGGGAUGGUCUGCUAACUCUGGCCGAAAGUGAAGAUUCUGAUGCAUGGAGGAUGACCACCUGGAAGUAACUGUGGAUGAAACAAACCUUGAAACACUCUUUCUAGAAAAAGAGGAUGAUGCAGCUCAUCAAACAGUGGAUCAGUCGCCGGUGCUUGCAGGGGAGGCCGAUGUUCCAGCCCAAGCACUUCCUGAACCACAAUCUUGUCCUGUAACGCUGAUUGUAAGAAGAGGUCACUGUCUCACUGACUUGAUCAGUGCCUUCAAGGACCCAAAAAUUAUUGCAUCUGAGGUCAACAUCAAAAUGCAUCUACCAAAUGGAGAGCUUGAACAGGGGGAAGGAAGUGGUAUUUUGCGAGACUGCCUUACAGAAUUUUGGAUGGAUUUCUAUAACAGCUGCACACUGGGAAUUGAGGUGAAAGUUCCCUUCAUCAGGCAUGACUUUCAGUGUGAAGAAUGGCAGGCUGUAGCUAGAGUAUUUGUAGUAGGGUGGAAACAGGCCGGUUACUUCCCAGUGAAACUUGCAAUACCAUUUCUGGAAGAGGUGCUGUAUGGCUCGACAACCAGUAGUUUCAAGGAUUCCCUUUUGCUGUACGUAUCACAAGAAGAAAGAUCUGUCCUUCUGAAGGCUUUGGAGGACUUUAAUUCAGUGGACACGGAUGAAUUGCUGGAUGUACUCGAUGUACAUGAAUGCAAGCAAGUUCCUACCAAGGACACACUGCUCCCUGUUUUGGCACAGAUUGGACACAAAGUAAUCGUUCAGGCCCCAAUGUAUGUAAUUAAGUGCUGGCGUCCUGUUGUGGGUUCUGUAGCUGUAGCCACAAGAAGCACUGCAUCAUUUCAUUGCACAAAAAAAACAACUGCAAAAACAGUGAAGGGGCUUCUAAACUUUCCAGAGGACAUGACAGCAGCCCAGUCAACAGUUUCUCGUUACCUGAAAAGGUACAUUGGGGAAAUUGAUUGCAACCAUCUUCAGCUUUUCCUGCGCUUCUGUACAGGAUCUGACCUCUUGGAUAAAGCCAUACUAAUUGAGUUCAUAGAAACCACAGAUUUCCUCUGCAGACCACAGUCCCACACAUGUGGAUGUGUGCUAAAGCUGCCCAUUGGUUACUACAGCUAUCCAGACUUUCGCAGCGAAUUUAACAACAUUCUCUCAAGCUCAAUGUGGGUAAUGGAUGUGGUGUAGGUAAUAAUACAAACAGUAACAUGAAGGAUGUGACAGCUACUUGCUAGACUGGAUGGUUUUGUUAUUUUAACUAUGUAGUCCGUUGUGGAUCUUUUUUAAGUAGGGCAUUUUAUUUCAUCUGCUUUUAAAGUGGUUGCUGUGUAUUUUCAUUUUGUCUACUGCAGAUACACUGACUAGGCAUAAGUACAGCUCCACUUCAAAUGCCAAAAUCCAACUGAUUGAGCAUGUUUGUAUAAUUAUUACAGUUGUUUGUAGCAACCCCAGUAGAAACAAGAAUGUGAGCCUUGACUGAUGUGUUCAAGGUGUUUAAAAAGAAGUGAGUUGUUUAGAUUAGUUGUUAACACUUUUAUGAAGUUUAAAAAGCAAUAUUUUGUAACCAUCAGUAUUAAGAUGGCUAACAAUUUUGAAAAAUGUUCUUAUCCUGUUAUUAUGUACAAAAUACCACCUGUUCUAUUUAUGACUAUGGCGUAUUUUGAAAAAGACCAGUA